AUAGCUGUUGCCCCUCCUCCAACACAAUGACGCGUCAUGCUGGGGGGGCGUGUCCUAACAGAAACCCCCAUCCCGAUGGAGCUGCUGUGGCUUUGAAAGCAGGAGAGGCUGGCCGGGGGGGAGGAAGCGUCGGGACACACUGCAGAGGCAGUGCGGCGAUGGGGAACACGCAGGAGAAACCUCCCAGCAGUGGGGGAGGAGGAUCCAGACCAGAUCGGGCUAGGGAGACUGGGAGCGGAUGCACAGCAGGGAAGGAUCUGUGCGCUUCGGGCAAGGGAGUGGCCAACGGGACUGGGAGGACCCCCGUCCGGGGGGCAGAGGAGCCCGGCUGCCCCGCGGUCGACACGAGUUACCCGGACACCCCUGCUGGGUCCCUACCCCCCCACCUGGCACGGAUCAAGAGCGAUGGCAACCACCUCUUCAAGCACGGCCAGUUUGGGGAGGCCUUGGACAAGUACAGCCGGGCUAUUGAAGCUUGUGCAGAAGCAGGCGUCGGCAGUCCGGAGGACUUGUGCAUCCUCUACUCCAACAGGGCCGCCUGCUACUUGAAGGACGGCAACAGCGGUGACUGCAUCCAGGACUGCAGUAGGGCCUUGGAUCUGCAGCCUUACUCCUUGAAGCCACUGCUGCGCAGGGCCAUGGCCUACGAGUCACUGGAGCGCUACAGGAAGGCCUAUGUGGACUAUAAGACGGUGCUGCAGAUAGACCCCGGGGUGCAGGCGGCCCACGACAGCGUGCACAGGAUCACCAAGAUGCUCAUCGAGCAGGACGGGCCCGCGUGGAGGGAGAAGCUUCCGGAGAUUCCUGUGGUGCCGCUGACGGUGCAGCAGCGACAUCGGGAGAAGCCCGUCAGCGUGGAGCAGGCCCGGGCACGAGCGGCCAGGGCGGCACGGGAAGAAGCCAGACGAAAAGAGGCCCGCGUCAGUCUCCUCAAACAGGAAGGCAACGACCUGGUCAAGAGGGGUCACUUCAUUGAGGCUCUGCACAAAUACUCCCAAUGCAUCGCCAUCAAACAGGACGAAUGCGCCCUCUACACAAACAGAACCAUUUGUCUGCUGAAGCUGAGUCGCUUCGAGGAGGCCAAACAGGACUGUGACGCAGCUCUCCUCCUGGAGCCCACCAACAAAAAGGCCUUCUACAGACGAGCACUGGCUCAUAAGGGUCUCCAGGACUACCUGUCGGCCAGCAGUGACCUCCAGGAGGUCCUACAGCUGGACCCCAACGUCAGAGAGGCUGAGGAGGAGCUUCUGUUGGUCACCAGCCUGCUGAGACAGAGCCUCAUGGAGGAUGGCGCAGCUCACACGUCCAGGACCCUCCAGGUGUGAUGGAGGCUCCUCCAGGAGGAUUUUGGAGAUGAUAGCUUUGCUGUGGAGCGUUCCAAAAAAUCCCUUCUUUCAAGCUGGAGAGGUUUACAGCUCAGAAAGCACAAGGUCAAGUGGGGGGGAAAAACAAAACAAAAAAGUGGUUUGAUUGUGCCUUACUGAGAUUUCAACCACUCCUACGAUGCAACAGGCUGAGAAGGUGCAUGUUGGAAAAGCAGCAUAAAGUCUGGCUUCUCAUCCCAGCACUGCAGAUCCACCUUAUUUAUUCAUGUCAUCAUGAUACAAAUUGUGCUAUAAACAGAUUCUGUUGUAUAGAAAGUCGCCCGUCCCCUCAGAAACUUCACAACGUGCCACAGCAGUGUUCAUCUCCUCAGUUGGCUUGAGCGUAUUUCACGUGUACGCCUUAAACAGCUACGUGCACAUUUUAUCAAUUACCAAAGCAGACAGACUUGAUUUGAGAAUUUUAUUAUUUCAAAGAUAUGCAUUUGGAUGCACGUUACAAAGCCAGUAAUUAGUAAGUAUAUGCUUUUUUUGUGUGACCAAGUUAGAAAAUGGAAAAAAAGGCCUGGCACCAGUGUUUCAGAAUCAUAUAUGCAAGUCUAAUUAAAAAACAAACAAAAAAAAAGUCAUCCUCUUGUAGCAUUCAUAGGCUUAAAAGGUUUCUUUUAGAGGAUCCAUAAGAGGAAAUCCUUGCAAAGUAUUUUCCCCAAAAGGCACUUAGGAGGGGCAAACAAUUAUUAGCAUUUAUAACAUUUGCAAGCAAACAAAAUGGGUGUAAUAGUAAAAAAGGUGUGACAUUUGGGUAUUUCCAAAGGGAGACUCAAAGCUAAAUAAUUAACAUGACUGUAAAAGACACCAGUUUUGCAUGUUUUUCUUGGCUAAAAAGUUAUACAAUGGCUACUCUGCUUGUUUCAACUUUGGUCAGUCAAAGACAAUUAAAACAAAUACUUUAAAAGCAACUCUGUGCUUUCUUUAAUGGGUUCUUGCAUAGGUUCAAACCGAAAAUGUGUUUUAGCUGGCCCAAAUUGUCAGGCUCAUUAAAAAGCAACAAUGAAAAUAAAGGCAGCAUGUCAGAUCUUGGGAGUCCUUGUGACAUUGGAUUUAAAAUAAAAAAAAAAAAAGAAGUUUGGACCCAACACAGGACUGCAACAUGG